CUGCGGUGGGCCCGGGUGCUGCGGCUGCCGCAGCGCCCGGCGCGGCUCGAGCUCCGGCUCCCCGGCAUUUAAAGGGGACGCGGCGGCGGCCCCGGGGAUGGGGGGCAGGUGGAAGGGACGGAACAGAAGCAGAUCAUCCAUGGUCCCUCGGGACAGGAGGGACGCGUGAGCCGGAGCUCAGAAAUCCGGGGGUGGAUAAGACCGCGUCCCCCCAAUUCCCGAGUUCUGGAUGACAGCUUAAGAUCAACCAAGGUUCUAGACGUGGAGCCCAGGGUAAUUUACGGACAAUGAGUGGGUGUUUUCCAGCUGUUGGCCUGCGAUGCCUGUCUAGGGUCUUGGAUGUGCCAGCGACCCUGGCUGUGGCCCGCUAACCAGGCUCUUCCCGGCCGGCUCCCGCCGCGCCGCCUCUCGUUUGCCCCCUCCUCCUGCUCCUCUUCCCCCUGCUCCCAGGACGGUAGGAUGGCUGCGCCCGGCGCGCCUCGCUUCCUCCUGACCUUCGACUUCGAUGAGACCAUCGUGGACGAAAACAGCGACGACUCGAUCGUGCGCGCUGCGCCAGGUCAGCAGCUACCUGAGAGCCUGCGUGCCACCUACCGCGAAGGCUACUACAAUGAGUACAUGCAACGUGUCUUCAAGUACUUGGGUGAGCAGGGUGUGCGGCCCCGGGACCUGCGUGCUGUCUACGAGACCAUCCCCCUGUCGCCGGGCAUGGGUGAUUUGCUGCAGUUCGUAGCCAAACAGGGCUCCUGCUUCGAGGUUAUUCUCAUUUCGGAUGCCAACACCUUCGGCGUGGAGAGUGCCCUGCGUGCCGCUGGCCACCACAGCUUAUUCCGCCGCAUCCUCAGCAACCCGUCCGGGCCGGAUGCGCGGGGACUGCUGACGCUGCGGCCCUUCCACACGCACAGUUGCUCCCGCUGCCCCGCCAACAUGUGCAAGCAUAAGGUGCUCAGUGAAUACCUGCGUGAGCGGGCCCGCGAAGGCGUGCACUUCGAGCGCCUCUUCUACGUGGGUGACGGUGCAAAUGAUUUCUGCCCCAUGGGGCUGCUGGCGGGCGGGGACGUGGCCUUCCCGCGCCGCGGCUACCCCAUGCACCGCCUCAUCCAAGAGGCACAGAAGGCCGAGUCCAGCUCCUUCCGAGCUCACGUGGUGCCCUGGGAAACAGCGACCGACGUGCGCCAACAUCUACAACAGGUGCUGAAGAUGUGUUGAAGACCAUCGCCUGCAAGAGGUCCCCAGGGAGAAUCGGCAGAGCGGGGACAGGACUGGGAAUUGGUUAAGACCACCUGGUUUUACUUCUUCCCCCCUCUUCGCUAUGCUCCUCUGGGCAGUUUUGGAAUUUUGUUCUCUUGUGGGCUGGGAGCGGAGGUUAAGAGCCGUCCCUAUCUAUGCAGUUAUCAUAGCUCAGCUGCCUCCCCUCCAGGGAGUGGUGUGCACCCCUUGGAAGGCAGGCAGUGUCCCUCGAACUGAGAGGAAGGGGCUCCUGGCAGUUGAGAGAAAGAGCAUCUCCCACUACUUUAGCUGCUGCUUCGGCUGCGUAACCUCCCCUGCUCGGUCUUCUCUCAGGACUCAGGAUCCCCCAAUUUGCAUGCCAGCACCGGGUUCCUCACGCAGACCCGUGAUGCUCUAGGAAGACAGCUCCUAGGCAUCCUUGAUCUCGCUUCAGCCACCGCAGUCCUACACUACCGCUGCGCUGGCUGCGCCUGGCUUCCUUCUCCCCCCCCCACCCCCAUGCCGGUUACCCCCAAAGGAAGAAAAAGCCAGAGGAAGCAGCCGCCUCCUGCUGGUGGAACGAGGUAGAACCAACCAAUGACCUCGGAGAGUGUGACAGAUCCUCUCACUCCGUCCUCAACUACGGCAGCAAGAGACUAGGGACUUCACCAAAGCCGUCCUCCGCAACCCCCUCCGCCCUUAUGGAACAGAAAGCCAUGUUUUUAAGCAGAGUCAGGGAAACCCAAGCCCCUCCCCUUCUGGUGUUUCAGACCUAUAAAGGAGGAGAAGGGGGUCCAAGUGACUCAUCUC